AAUUUCUCGCAUGAUAUGCUGAAGUCCAGGGCAAAAUAGAACAGAUUGACAAGCCCCUGCUACUUAUGUACUGUACAACCCGCACGGAGAUAAGCCCCCCAGCUCUGUAGCAGCUGAGGGGGUUCUUCUGCGAGGGACCCCAGCCUCGGUGUAGAAUGGCAAGCAUCACUUUGUUACAAAAUUUUAGGCAUCAAACACAUCAUCACGAGAAACCCUGUCUUUGAUCUGAAACGACAGUCACAUUAGGACGAUGCCGAUUUAGUUCUUGCGAACUUCGUUGCGGGAUGUACCGAGAUGAGUCAGUUCCGAAAGCGAUCGCUCGUUCACGUCCUCUCUCGACAAGAUCCCGAUCGAUCUCAACAUGCUUCAUCUAUUGCGACCAGCAGAGCGGAGAGUAAUCUCUCUCUACUCAACAUCGACGACGAAAGUGGCGAAAAGGGCCCCCUGGGUUUGACCACCCUCCACGAACCACAAGGAGUAACGCCAGCUGUCGACAUCGUCUUUGUGCAUGGCCUUGGAGGUGGCAGUCGCAAAACGUGGGCCAAGACUGCCGACCCCUUACACUUCUGGCCAAAAGUAUGGCUUCCAGAGGACACGGAUUUCAGGGAUGCCCGUAUUCACUCGUUCGGCUAUAAUGCCGAUUGGGGUGAACGACGUCAAAGUAUCCUCAAUAUUCACGACUUUGCUCAGUCCCUUUUGGGGGAAAUCAAGAACAAUCCAUCGAUCAGGAGGGGCAACACUAAGCUAAUUCUAGUGGGUCAUAGCAUGGGAGGGUGUGUUGUGAAGAAAGCAUACAUUCUUGCUCGUCAAGAUACCACUUGCAAGGCUCUGGCUGAACGAGUCCACUCUAUGUUCUUCCUUGGGACGCCUCACCGAGGAUCUGACCUUGCGGGCAUUCUUCAGAGCAUGCUCACAGUCGCCUGGGGCACGAAGCCUUUUGUCAAUGAUCUCUUACCAAACUGCUCUAUACUCGCUGAGAUCAAUGACACUUUCCGUCAUUAUGCCGCAGACCUACGCCUAUGGUCUUUUUACGAGACUUUGCCAGUCAAAAUGAUGCUCGUGAGCAAGCUGGUUGUGGAAAAGUACUCAGCCACUCUGGGGUACGGCAACGAGGAGAUUUGCUCCAUGGAUGCUGAUCACCGUCGAGUGUGUAAGUUCGAUAAUGCCACGGAUCCCAAUUACAGGAAACUCCGGAAUGCUUUGACUACCGCAAUUGAUAUGAUAAGAGCCGAGAAUUCAGCUCCCACUCCACGUGAGACGAUACUUCAGUUGGAACGCAUCUUGGGCAUGAAUGAGCCGGCAUACGAGGACGACCUUGCUUCUCUGCAGGACUUGAGGCAUCCAGGAUCCUGCUUUUGGUUCACCGAGCAAUCUGAUCUAGGCCACUGGAAGCUAGGGACCCCGAAAAGCCCCCCUAUUUUCUGGCUCACCGGGCGUCCUGCAACUGGCAAAUCCGUGCUUUGCAGCCACGUAGUUGAUCAGCUCCGCACGCAAAACCUAAAGUGUAGCUACUUCUUCUUCAAGCACGGGAAGGCUGGCAGGUCGAGUUUGGCAGACUGUUUCCGUGGUCUCGCCUACCAAAUGUCUCUCAACGACCCGACCGUCGCACAACGCGUUUUACAGUUAGACCGGGAUGGUGAAUCGUGGGAUCAGCAUGACGAUAGGGUGAUUUGGAGAAAGCUAUUUGUCAAUGCCAUCUUCAAGCUCAGCACUAUAUCGUCUCAUAUCUGGGUCGUCGAUGCUCUCGACGAAUGCAUCAAAUUCUCUAGUUGGUUCAAGCUACUUCCACAACUUCCUUCCGGUCUUCGACUCUUUAUUACAAGUCGAACCACCGACGAGGUGGAGCGUGGUAUCAUAUCUCUUGGACCGCGGGUAGUAACACGAUCGUUGACCAAUCAUGAUACAGCUGAAGAUAUGCACGCCUAUCUUUUCGCCAGGUUAGAAGAUCUUUCAUUCGAUAACGUAGACGAGCUGUGUAGAAGGAUUCUCGCCAAGUCUCAGGGGUCUUUCCUCUGGGUGCGGCUGGUCUUGCAAGAGUUCGAGAGUGCAUACACAGAUGAAGACAUCGAGGCAAUUUUGCAAGAUGUGCCUGACGAUCUGUACAAAAUGUACAAUAGAAUGCUGGAAAUGAUUGAAAGUGAAAAGCGGCGGACUAAACUUGCUAGAUCCAUUUUAUCUUGGGUAACGUUGGCAUGUCGUCCGCUCACAAUAGACGAACUGCGAUGUGCCAUUCGGCUUGAUAUCAACGAGACGCCUCACAACAUGGAGAAAGCCAUCCCGACAGUCUGCGGUCAACUCGUAUUCAUCGACCAGGCUUCUAGAGUUCAUAUGAUACAUGAGACAGCUAGGGAAUUUCUCUUGAGUGAGGAUCUGGAUUCUACUCUGGCCGUCAAGAGGGGCGAGAGGCACGGGUAUUUGGCUCAGUUAUUGUGCAAGUAUCUUGCAACUGACGCAGUGAAAACACCCCAAGGCUUUCAACCUUUUCGAGGGACCAAGCUCUCCAUGGCCAUUGACACGUCAUUGGUCGAUUACGCGGCCAAGUUCUUCGCAGAACAUUUGUACCGGUCAAAUUCCGAGGAAGAGGCCCCGAUGUAUGAGCUCUGCAGGUUUCUCAAGAGCAACGUUCUGUAUUGGUUUGAGAUCAUCGCACAGGCAGGCAAUCUUCAACCUAUCAACCGUACGGCUAUCAAUCUUGCGGGUUACUUGAGACGGAGGACCAAAUAUGUCCCUCCUGUGGAUAAGGACAUACAGUUAGUGGAUGCUUGGGCGACUGAUCUCAUCAGAGUCAGUGCAAGGUUUCGGUCAAAACUCCUUAGCUGCCCUUCGUCAAUCCAUUGCCUGAUCCCGCCGUUCUGCCCUACAGGGUCGAUAAUCUCUACCUUUUUCACGGCACAAACUCGGUCGUUACUUGUCAAGGGUGCGAGGGAAUCGGAUUGGGAUGACUGCCUGAUCAGCAUCGACUUUCAGAAGGGACAAACAACGACAGUGGCUCAUGGUAUAACCUGCUUUGCCAUCGGCCUGUCCACAGGACAGGUAUCCUUGUAUGAUUGCGCGACAGUCCAGCAUGUCUCGAUGAUGCGUCAUCCGGAACGUGUUAGGCUACUUGAAUUUAGCAGAAAUGAGCACCUCCUCGCUUCAGCAGGUCAAAAGCACAUCGUCGUUUGGGAACCCAGAUCCUCAUCGCAAAUAUGGUCGUCUCGACUAGAUUCGCCGCCAAUAACGAUGUGUUUCCCAUCGGAGCUGCUAAUCCAUGCCAAUCGAGCAAACCAAAUCAUUACUAGUAAUGUGGAAACCGGCGAGGUCUUGAGGGUGUCCUGGGACGGGAACGGAAACAAUUCCGAUAUCCCCGAUCAACCACCAAACAAAGCUGCAAUCGCGCCGGAAUUGGGUUUGCUUGCGGUCGGAUACCGUAGUCAUCCGAUCUUGAUAUUUGACACAGGGUCAGGUGCUUUACUAGGCUGUUGCAGCUCUGUGAAAAGCAACGGGAUUGACGCAAUGGCCUUCAACCCCAACACGGACAUAUCCGCGUUAGUUGUCUCCAGUGCGAAUGGAGAUCUUUUGGUUUUCGAUCCUCAAACAACAGAACUCCGGUAUCAAAAGUCUAAUGUGUGCGCACACGCACUAGCCUGUUCACCAGAUGGCAAAAGCCUAGUCACGGGCGAUUCACGCGGUACGAUUGAGGUGUACGACUUCGAUGGGCCUGAAAGCACGUCUUUAUCGCUGAUCUAUCGUAUCAACUCUCAUGAGGAAAGCGUGAGAAGCGUGGUAUUCAGUGACGAUGGCUUACGCCUUAUUGACUGCCGAGAAUCGCAAGCCCGUGUAUGGGAGCCGACCAUUCUAGUUCAGAAGGACACUGAUAUAGGAAGUCAAAGCGAUAUUAGUAGCCAGGUUACACUAGCUCUGAGGACUUUUGGAACUUUAGAGAGCCCGGCCGACCCGGAAAUCACCUCCUUAGUGUGCCAUUCCGAUGGGGAACAGGUGUUUUGUGGGAAGACUAGUGGCGAAGUUGCGCUUUACUCAGCAGCAGACGGGCAGGAAUUGAAUGUGCUUUACGGACAUUCUCGUGGGACGUCUGUGAUUUCUAUCGCUAUCGUUGAGCACCAACAUAUUGUGGUAUCUGCAGAUGAGUCUGGGAGGAUCUUAAUGGCCUGCACGAGUCCCUCGAGCUCACAAGGGCUGCAAGCUAAGCUGAUAGCAGACACAAGAUUCAACAGCGCUGUUUUUGGCAUGCUCGCCAAUCCAGAUAAUGACCGGCUCCUGAUCAUGGGGAAAGAAAAGGAUGAACUAUGGGAGUUACCUUCAGGUAAGGUGAUCGGCAUCAGAACACCUGAUGAAAACGGGCUCAGGUCAAUGAUUGUGCAUCCCCAGGCACCAAGCGCGUUCAUAAUAUUUACAACAACAGUAGCUCGAGUGUUCAACUGGUUAGACUUCAAGGAGCUUACCUCGGAGAUGGGGCUACCCGUACAUCGAGAUGGCUUAUCUUCAAGCAAAGAUACCCUCGUCAGUGCCACCUAUCAUGGCAGUACGCCCACCGUUGAAGCCGUGAAAGCCGUAGGUGAAACCUCAGGUACUCACUUGUACUGUUGGGACAUAGUCUCUUCGGAUUCGAUAGCAGACAGAAUUCUAGGAUCAAGGAUCGGACUUCUAACCCCAGUCCUGCGUGAUGUCAUCGCUGUAGUUGGAUCAACGUUGAUAUUUCUCGACAGAGACCUGUGGGUUUGCAGUCUCGAUCUCAACACCUUCAACAGCGCUCCGUACGGAAAGCGGCAUUUCUUCGUUCUUUCAGAGUGGUUGAAUGUCAAUGGAGACAUGCUGUACGCCAUGACGUCCAAGAAGGAUUUCGUCUUCGUUAAUAAACAUGGACUAGUCAUUGUCAAGGCCGGCCUGGACUUUUCGGAGGUCAUCACUCUCAAUCAGCAAGGGGGCUGGACUGUGCAUUCGGGCAGUAUGCAUCGGAGGACAUCGAGCAGCAUUAUUCCCAUGGUCAGCAGCAUGGGUGGAACUACGGGACGAGAACUCGAGUCUAGAAGAACGCCGGCCUGAGUUAGAAUGCAUAUAAUACUUUUCAAUUAUCCAUCUAGUGUAUACAGUCCUAUGUGCUGUCUCCUCAGCCCUAAUUUCCGCAGGCUUUUUACAUUUUUGUCUUUUCCGCCACAAUCACUUCUCCCAAGCCACACACACCAACCGUAACAGCCACAAUAGCCCAUCACAACCAGAUUUCAUGCAGUUGCUAACCAAGAGUAACCGUCGUAUUGUCCAAAACACUUUCGGUUUGUUAGGCUAUGCAAAUCCGUAUGCAAGUAAUAGGAUUUAGUUACUGAGAUCAAUAAUAGCACGAUAUUUCUAAG